AUAUUGGGGCGGCAGUCACCUCCCCAGCCGCCCCAGCUCCGACGCCUCUGUGAUUGAUUGUAGUUAAUAACGUGAAUGUAAAGUAGAAAUAAUCAUUACUUGUUAUAGGGCCUGCAGUUAUAUAUGUGAUAUCAAAUUAGGGCAUUUUGUUUCUUUAGAUGUCAGGGUUGGACCUUGACAAAGAUCACAUUCUCGAGAUGGCAUGCAUUGUCACAGACAAGGAUCUUAAUAUCGUAGCUGAGUCAGAAGACCUUGUCAUACACCAGCCAGAUGAGGUUCUUAACGGGAUGGAUUCAUGGUGCACACAACAUCACGGAGAGUCACGGUUAACAGAAGCAGUCAGGAAGAGCAAGAUUUCACUGACAGAAGCGGAAGACCGGAUGCUGGAGUUCGUCCAAGAGCACACGUUUCAGCGUACGGCGCCGCUCGGAGGCAACUCUGUGCAUGCGGACCGCGGCUUCCUCGUCAAGUACAUGCCUCGCUUUACCGGGCACCUUCACUACCGCAUCAUAGAUGUCAGCACAGUAAAAGAGCUUUCAAAACGCUGGUUUCCUUUAGAAUACUCUAGCGCACCAGCCAAGAAGCUAUCACACAGAGCGCUGGAUGACAUAAAGGAGAGUAUUGAAGAGCUCCGCUACUACAGACAAAAUGUAUUCAAACCAACAUGACAUCAGCCACGCAACAAUUAUCGGCUAACAUACUGAUUUUGAAUAUUUGGAACAAAACGUGACUGCAAUGCUGUAUACUUAGUAUCUGUGGUAAUUCGCCCAAAUAGAAACUUAUGAUACAACAUUACAUGUGGUUUAUAUAAAAAUGCAACAUAACUGUAUGUUCAUAGAAGGGACUGAAAUUGAAAUGCCUAGUUUAAAUUAAGAGUGAUGAAGAAAUGAUAGUGUUUUUCCGUAAAUUAUUAAUCAACAAAAUAUAGUGGACCAAUGUAAAUUUACGUAAACGAGUUAAAGGUACUCUCUGUUUUAUUCUCCAAACACAGUUUAUGCAUUGAAUUUCCUUGUAUAAGAUCAUUUUUAAAGGAAUUAACUACAACGGGCAUUUUUGCAUGCACGCGGCAUCGCUGAAUAACAUUAGGUUAAAUUACGUCAACAUAAAACAGCGCACAAUGAAUGAACCAUUUUGUUUUGUACAUUUGAACAGUCUAUAUUAUAUAAAUAUCUUAACUUACAUUUAUUUAACAUCUGAAAGACGUUUGCAUGUAUUGAUGUUUGUGUUUUAGAUGCAUGAUCAAGUGCUCAUGGUGAGCUAUACUUUUGGGUGGCUAUACGUCGUUGUAUGGUGUCCGUUGCCAGUCGUCAACAAUUUGCUUCAAACUUAUCUUUUUAAACGUUAGAUAGACGUUCAUAAAAUUUUAACGGAAUGAUCAUUAGGCGACUAUCGCAUAGUGGUUCUGUUCAUAAUUUUUUAAAUCAUAUCACAAGGGUCUAAAAUGGAUAACAUUGUUUCUAUUGCGUUGUUUAGAAAAAUAAACGUAAAAGGUUUUUGUCUAAAACGACGAGCCGAACAUGCGUACUAUUUGGCUUGUACAUGUAUCCUGCUUAUUGUCCCCUACCGGUUUCACCGGAGGGGACUUAUGGUUUGCGCUCCGUCUGUCAGUCUGUCCGUCCGUCUGUCAGUCUGUCCGUCCGUCAGUCCGUCCGUCCGUCACACUUUUCUGGAUCCUGCAAUAAUUUUAAAAGUUCUUAAUAUUUUUUCAUGAAACUUGGAACAUGGAUAGAUGGCAAUAUGGACAUUAUGCACGUCAUUUCAUUUGUUCCUACGUCAAAAAUUCGGGUUGCUAUGGCAACAAAUAGACUAGAAAUACUGCUGAAAAUGGUGGUUUUCUGGAUCCUGCGAUAAAUUUAAAAGUUUUGAAUAUUUUUUCAUGAAACUUGGAACAUGGAUAGAUGGCAAUAUGGACAUUAUGCACGUCAUUUCAUUUUGUUCCUACGUCAAAAAUUGUGGUUGCUAUGGCAACCAAAAAAAUAUAUUCUGAAAAUGGUGGAAUUUCUGACAAUGGUGGAGCCGGUAGGGGACCAUAUUGCUUGACAAUAGCCUUGUUAUAUUAGCGUGAAUUGCACAAUUAUUUAAAUUAAUCUCUUAAACAUUGAAAACCUGGUUUCGUGGCGUUACUCCGUGGGUACCUGGGUUUGCGUGCAUUUAAAUACCCCGGUAAUAUACACUUAAAAAACAUUUCCUCUGAAACCUCAACGUUCAGGUGUUUGGUGUUCGUUAUGUAACAUCAUGUGGUCGUUUUCUCCAAAGAGUGCUAACAAUCAUUCCCAUGGUAUCAAAAUUGGCUCCGCCCUUGAGGCUACGUACUCUCCUUAUAUGUCUCUAGUGUAACCUUCAAACAAUAUCUAAAACCGCAAGGCCCUGAUAUUUGGUAUUUAAUAAGCAUGUUACAUGGCAAGGUGGUCUUCUGCCAAGUUUGUUAAAAUCGUGCCCCGGUGAUUAAUAGGAACCGUCGUGCUGGUAACUCGUUCAUCUUGUGGAGUAACAUUGUAUUUAUAGACUUCAAAAGACAAAAAUACUUUAUAAAUAUUCUCAUUAGAAAACACAAUGCCCAAAAAUUUAUUAAGAAUUGUUACUAACAGGUCCGUAGGCAGGGUUUUGAAAGGGGGGGGGUGCGAAUUUUCAUUAGAAAAUUUUGAAAAUGAAACGUAAAAACUUGCAUUCUGGUGAGCAUUUUUGUAUGAAAUUUGACUUUCAUUGACCAUACUCAGUGACUGAUGGACAUAAAUAUGAUAUAACAUACAUGAAUUACCCACUACCAUUUUUCAAUAACUACCUUUUUCGAUCAGUCACGGAAAUACACUAUUUUAUACGAUGUUUAACCCGACACUAGUACGCGCGCACACACUUUGUUUACAAAUGCAACAACAAAUUUAUAGAAUUAAAAAUCAACAAUAAGAACAGUAUAAACAUCAUUAUUUAUUGGAAUCUUGAUACAUUUGGUGUAUUUUACCAUUCUUAUAUUCUACCUUUCUUAAAUCAUGAAGUUAUGCGGGUUCUUUAAUUGACGUUGUUCAGUCCUUUACCUACGUUGGGGUCUGCUUCUUUCCUUCUCUUUCGCUAAAUAAAAUGGCUAGCGAAAAUGCAAUUAAGGGGAAGCGUGCCUUGAAUGGCAUAUUAUCGUCAUUGUAUAAAUAUGGUCAACUAUCUAAUUCGGUCUUCUUUAAAUUGUUUAACAGUAAAAUAAGUCCUGUUUUAUUACAUGGAAGUGAAAUUU